AUCACUAUUUCUUUUGUUCACAACACAACAAAAAUGGCUUGCAGGUAUUUGCCUUUCAUAUUGGCUUGCUUCUGUAUCCAAUUAAUCAUUACCAAUGCUCAAGGGCCAGCAGCGUCACCGGUAACUUUGCCGACCACACCCCCUCCAAUAACCGCCGUGCCUCCACCGACAAUUAUAACUCCUCCACCUACAACUACCCCAGCUGCACCAGUACAACCACCAGUGACUGCAGCAAUGCCUCCAAUUGUGACUACUCCGAUAUCACCAGCUAUUAGUCCCGUUGUUCCACCUCCACCUCCACAACUUCCACCACCAAUAGCACCUCCAGUGGCAGCUCCAGUUCAACCACCUGCAUUACCACCUCCACCGGCUACACCACCACCUGCUUUACCGCCACCACAAGUGGCUCCUACUCCAGCACAAGCACCUCCAGCACCAGUGCCAGCACCAGUGCCAGCACCAGUACCAGCUGCUUCAUCACCAGCCCCUGUACCGGCUCUUCCACCACCGGCCCCAACACCUGAACUAGUACCUUCACCUGCACCAGCUCCUUCUAAGCACAAGAAGAGACACAGGCACAAGCAUCAUCAUCAUGCACCAGCUCCAGCACCAACUCCCCCCAGCCCUCCUGCACCACCUACUACUACCACCGCGGCAGAAUCUGAUGAUGCAGCCCCUGCACCAUCUCCAAAUCUGAAUGGAGGAAAUGCAUUACACCAGCUAGGAGGAAGGUCUGGAAUGCUGGCAAAGACAUUAGCUAUUGCCUUUCUGCUGUUUAUGACAGGCUACAAAUUCUAAAAAUCUCAUAUCGUAAAGAAAGAUAAUUUUAUGUGUACAAAAUAAAACAUCAAUUAAAAAUUUAUAUGAAUAGGACAUAUAAUGUAAAAGACAUGCAAAUGGAUUGUCAAAAUUUUGUAUUUUUUCAAUUUAUACCAAUUAUUCUUUUA